AUGGGGAGUGUGAUAAUCGUACGCCGACCAGAACAACUAAACACACCACCAGCAGAUUAUAGCAAUCUACUAAAUGAAUCUUUGCAAGAGCAAGCGACGCUGUAUGCGACUUAUAGCGUGUAUAGACGACCGGAGUCUGAGCCGAGCGGGCGCGGGAACUCAGCGUAUGGACUGAACGGAGGAGCAUCGGUACAACAUGAACGCGGUCCUCGAAAGCCGAAACUUCACGCCAGCGGCCUCGGGUCUCUACCACCUCCUGGACUGUCACACGCGCACAAACCACACCCACUGAAAUUAUCACCACCGUCGCCAUAUACGUCACUACCACAGCCCUUCAAUUUUCAGUUCAGUAUAAGUAAUAUCAGCGAGUCUGCACCUCUCAGUACAGCCUCCUCAGCUGGUUCCAGCGGUGCUGGAGGCACUGGCGCUGUUAGCCCACUGCCGCUUAUUGCCGAACCGUUUCUCGCACCUCCGCCGCCUGGCUUGCUUCAUAUGCUUAUGUCUAGUGAUAAAUGUCAGGAACUUAUGUGGAGCGCGAAACAGUUGCAACUCCAAGGCGACCCGACUUUACUUCGGCCGCCGCAAAAUGCCUUCGGCGCUCCCUUGGCGCCUACUUGGGAGCUUUUACAAGAAACAAGCGCCCGUUUACUAUUCAUGGCUGUGCGUUGGGUAAGGUGCUUAGCCCCAUUCCAAGCGCUAGCCCCGUCAGAUCAACUGGUGUUGCUUAGAGCAGCUUGGAAGGACCUGUUUCUAUUACAUUUAGCACAAUGGUCUGCUCCUUGGGAUUUAGCUCCACUUUUGUCUGCUCCAACCGCAAGAGCCAGGCUGCCACCGGAACCGCUCGCAGACUUGGAACUUAAUACUUUACAGGAAAUAUUAUGUCGGUUUCGACAAAUAGCACCGGAUGGUAGUGAGUGUGGAUGUAUGAAGGCCAUUGUAUUGUUUUCUCCUGAUACGCCCGGUCUCAGUGAAACACAACCGGUGGAAAUGCUGCAAGAUCAAGCGCAAUGCAUUCUCGCUGAUUAUGUACGGACGAGGUAUACUCGACAACCGACGAGAUUUGGACGACUAUUGCUCUUGCUACCAUCGCUUCGAGCAGUCCGACCACGGUCUAUAGAGCUCCUUCUAUUUCGUGAGACUGUCGGCGAUGUGUCGGUAGCCACACUACUACAUGACAUGUACAGAAUGCAGCCAGCUCCGACACCGGCUUUCGUGCCACAGAUAACUGCAUCCACAGACCACUCUUCGUCACCGUAA